AGGAGGAGUCUGGGCCAGGGAUGCAGGAGCCAAUACAUAUGAGGUCCAGGUGAUCACAGGGAACGUGCCCAAGGCUGGCACUGAUGCCAACGUCUAUCUAACGAUCUACGGUGAGGAGUAUGGAGACACAGGAGAGCGGCCCCUGAAGAAGUCGGACAAGUCCAACAAGUUUGAGCAGGGGCAGACAGACACCUUCACCAUCUACGCCAUUAACCUGGGGGCUCUGACCAAGAUACGGAUUCGCCAUGACAACACAGGCAACAGACCAGGCUGGUUCCUGGACAGAAUAGACAUCACUGAUGUGAACAAUGAGACCACGUAUUACUUCCCAUGCCAACGCUGGCUGGCAGUAGAAGAGGAUGAUGGCCAGCUGUCCAGGGAGCUGUUGCCAGUGGACGAGUCCUAUAUAUUUCCCAGUGAGGAUGAAGAGGGUGGGGGACAUGGUGACAGUAACCCUCUUGACAAGCUGGCCCUGGAGCAAAAAGAUAAAUUGACCACGUUCUCAGUGACCAUAAAGACUGGGGACAAGAAGAAUGCAGGCACGGAUGCCAAUGUCUUCAUCACACUCUUUGGAGCACAAGAUGACACUGGAAUAACCCUCAUGAAGUCCUCCAAGACAAACAGUGACAAAUUUGAGAGGGACAGCAUUGAAAUCUUCACGGUAGAGACACUGGACCUGGGGGACCUGUGGAAAGUCAGGAUCGGCCAUGACAACACAGGCAAGGGACCAGGCUGGUUCGUAGACUGGGUAGAGGUGGAUGCCCCAUCUCUUGGAAAGUGCAUGACAUUUCCUUGUGGCCGCUGGCUGGCCAAGAAUGAAGACGAUGGGACCAUCGUCAGGGAUCUCUUCCACGCGGAGCUUCAGACAAGGCGGUACACACCAUUUGUCCCUUACGAGAUCACCCUCUACACCAGCGAUGUCUUUGCUGCUGGAACAGAUGCCAACAUCUUCAUUGUCAUCUAUGGCUGUGAUGCCGUCUGCACUCGGGAGAAGUUCCUAUGCACCAACAAGAGAGAACAGAAGCUAUUCUUUGAGAGAAAGUCUGCCUCCCGCUUCAUUGUGGAGUUAGAAGAUGUGGGAGAAAUCAUUGAAAAAAUUCGGAUUGGCCAUGACAAUACAGGCAUAAAUCCUGGGUGGCACUGCUCUCAUGUGGAUAUCCGCAGGCUCCUUCCAGAUAAAGAUGGUACAGAGACCUUGACUUUCCCAUGUGAUCGAUGGCUUGCCACCUCUGAGGAUGACAAGAAGACCAUUCGAGAACUGGUCCCUUAUGACAUCUUCACUGAGAAAUACAUGAAAGAUGGAUCCUUACGGCAAGUCUACAAAGAAGUGGAGGAGCCUCUAGACAUCGUGCUGUACUCGGUGCAGAUCUUCACAGGGAAUGUUCCUGGGGCAGGCACAGAUGCCAAGGUCUACAUCACCAUCUACGGGGACCUCGGGGACACCGGGGAGCGGUACCUUGGCAAGUCUGAGAACCGCACCAACAAGUUCGAGAGAGGAACGGCUGACACCUUCAUAAUCGAGGCUGCUGACCUGGGUGUCAUUUACAAGAUCAAGCUCCGCCAUGACAACACCAAGUGGUGUGCAGACUGGUAUGUGGAGAAGGUGGAGAUCUGGAACGACACCAACGAGGAUGAGUUCCUAUUCCUCUGUGGUCGCUGGCUGUCCCUGAAGAAAGAGGAUGGGCGGUUGGAGAGGCUCUUCUAUGAAAAGUCAUGCUUUUCUGGACAGGAGUACACUGGAGACCGCAGUAGCAACUGCAGCAGCCCUGCUGACUUCUGGGAGAUUGCUCUGAGUUCCAAGAUGGUCGACAUGGACAUUGACACAGUGACAGGACCCAUGGUGGACUAUGUUCAAGAAGGUCCGGUUAUUCCCUACUAUGUAUCUGUCACCACUGGGAAGCACAAAGAUGCAGCCACCGACAGCCGGGCCUAUGUCAUACUGAUUGGAGAGGAGGAUGAAAGCACCAACCGCAUCUGGCUGGACUACCCCCAGGGGAAGAGAGGGUUUGCCUGCAGCUCUGUGGAGGAGUUCUAUGUUGGAGGCUUGGACGUGGGUGUCAUCAAGAAAAUAGAGCUGGGCCACGAUGGGGCUUCCCCUGAGAGCUGCUGGCUGGUGGAGGAGCUGAGUCUGGCAGUGCCCACCCAGGGCACCAAGUACACACUGCGCUGCAACUGCUGGCUCGCCAAGGACCGAGGCGACGGGGUCACCUCCCGAGUCUUUGACCUCCUGGAUGCCAUGGUGGUGAACAUCGGGGUGAAGGUGCUUUAUGAAAUGACAGUGUGGACAGGUGACGUGGUUGGCGGGGGCACUGACUCCAACAUCUUUAUGACUCUCUAUGGCAUCAACGGGAGCACAGAAGAGAUGCAGCUGGACAAAAAGAAGGCCAGAUUCGAGCGGGAGCAGAAUGAUACCUUCAUCAUGGAGAUACUGGACAUCGCUCCAUUCACCAAGAUGCGGAUUCGCAUCGACGGCCUGGGCAGCCGGCCCGAGUGGUUCCUGGAGAGGAUACUGCUGAAGAACAUGAGCACCGGAGAUCUGACCAUGUUCUACUAUGGAGACUGGCUGUCACAGAGGAAGGGCAAGAAGACACUGGUGUGCGAGAUGUGUGCCGUCAUUGAUGAGGAGGAGAUGAUGGAGUGGACAUCCUACACUGUCACAGUGAAGACCAGCGAUGUCCUGGGAGCAGGCACCGAUGCCAACGUGUUCAUCAUCAUCUUUGGGGAGAACGGGGACAGCGGGACCUUGGCCCUGAAGCAGUCAGCCAACUGGAAUAAGUUUGAGCGGAACAACACAGACACGUUCAAUUUCUCUGACAUGCUGAGCCUAGGCCAUCUCUGCAAGCUGAGGAUCUGGCAUGACAACAAAGGGAUAUUUCCUGGCUGGCACCUGAGCUAUGUCGAUGUAAAGGACAACUCCCGAGACGAGACCUUCCGCUUCCAGUGUGACCGCUGGCUGUCCAAAAGUGAGGGUGACAGGCAGACAGUUCGUGACAUUGCGUGUGCCAACAAUGAGAUCCGAGAAGAGCUGGAGGAGACCACCUACGAGAUUGUCAUAGAAACAGGCAACGGGGGCGAAACCAGGGAAAACGUCUGGCUCAUCCUGGAGGGCAGAAAGAACCGAUCCAAAGAGUUUCUCGUGGAAAAUUCUUCCAGACAGCGAGCCUUUAGAAAAGGGACUAUAGACACAUUUGAGUUUGACAGCAUCUACUUAGGGGACAUUGCCACUAUCUGUGUGGGACACCUGGCCAGGGAGGACCAGUUCAUCCCCAAGAGAGAGCUGGUCUGGCACGUCAAGACCAUCACCAUCACCGAGAUGAAGUACAAUAAUGUGUACUUCUUUAACUGCGACUGCCUCAUCCCCCUCAAGAGGAAGAGGAAGUACUUCAAAGUGUUUGAGGUUACCAAGACAACAGAGAGCUUCACCAGCAAGAUCCAGAGCCUGGUGCCCGUCAAGUAUGAGGUCAUUGUGACGACGGGCUAUGAGCCAGGGGCGGGCACCGAUGCCAAUGUCUUUGUGACCAUCUUUGGGACCAAUGGGGACACAGGCAAGCGGGAGUUGAAGCAGAAAACGUGCAACCUCUUUGAGCGAGGCAGCACUGAUCGCUUCUUCCUGGAAACACUGGAGCUAGGUGAGCUGCGCAAAGUGCGGCUGGAACAUGAUGGCAGUGGCUAUUACUCAGGCUGGCUGGUGGACAAGGUAGAGGUCACCAACACCAGCACUGGGGUGGCCACUAUCUUCAGCUGUGGCAGGUGGCUGGACAAGUCCAGGGGGGAUGGGCUUACCUGGAGAGACCUCUUCCCUUCUGUGUGAGAGGCAGGGGCUUGACCACACCUUCCUGCCUGCACCUUGGUGUUCAGCAUCCCAUUCCUGAGACUUCCACGGGAAAGGAUCAGGGGUCAGAAGUCUGCGGAGAACCUCAUGACCCUUCAGGGGCAAGCAACUACUUGUGUGAGAGAUUAUCUGUGGUGUUCUGCUCCCAAUUGAUUGAACAUACAGGAAUCAUAACCAGCAUGUGUCAUAAUCUGUGAUUGCUCAAAAAUAUCUUGUUGCAUUUCCUUUUCCUAUGAUAGCAGUGAUGACCAGGUUGGGAUUUGCUGCAGGGUGUGGAUGGAAA